GGCCCGGGGUGAGCCGCGUUAUUUCAAAUGAAAGCAGAAGCGUCCAUGAGAGAUUGAAUGAAUCAUAAUCAACAAAAUAACAACUUUUAAUCAAGUAAAGACGCCAAGCCUGAGCCUUACGAUGGAUGAUGCUUAGAUAAAUCUAUAUUUGAAGGAAUAAAGAACGUGUUGGUGCUGAAAUACACUUGGCAAGAGACACCAUGGAAAAACACAUGAACGACAGUAUUUCUUCGACUUGUUCGUCAGUUAGCGGCGUGUUAUCUGGAAUAGAUGAUUUUGACAUUAUCAAGCCGAUAAGCCGUGGAGCCUUUGGGCAAGUAUAUCUUGGAAGAAAGAGAGACAAAUCAGGACAACUGUAUGCUAUUAAAGUGAUGAAGAAAAAAGAUGUUAUAAACAAGAAUAUGAUUGAACAAGUUGUGGCUGAAAGGGAUGCUUUGGCGAUUUCUAAAAGUCCAUAUGUUGUUCAUCUUUUCUACUCAUUCCAGUCAAGGGACAAGAUUUUCUUGGUGAUGGAAUAUCUGGUUGGUGGUGACCUGAAGUCACUUCUACACAACAUUGGCUACUUUGAUGAGGAAAUGGCAAGGUUUUAUACAGCACAGAUAAUCCUAGCAUUGGAGUAUCUUCACAGUCAUGGGAUCAUACACAGGGAUCUCAAGCCAGAUAACAUGCUACUCUCCAACACUGGCAAAGUCAAGCUGACUGACUUUGGACUUUCACAACUGACUAGGGAAAGAAAGCCGAGUUUCCAAGAUGUCAUGAGUACUCCUUCGGUAGCUACACCACGAUCCCAGUCUCAGCGCAGGCCAGCCUACCACAGGACGCCUGGACAAAUAUUAUCACUUACUUCAAACUUUACUUUUUCAAUUCCUCAGUCUCUAAGGCCUAGUCAGCGGUCGCGUCUCAACAGCUUAGGCUCGUCAGUGAUUUCCCAUAUUGAUGAUCCACCAUAUGUGUUCAGCCCUCCGGAUGAAAAGCGAACCCGCUCAAUGAGUAUGCACACAGGCAGCAUAACCGCCACCCCAAAAGCAACCGGCUUGGCAGCCCAGAAAACCCACGAGACCCCGCUGUCAGGAAUUGUGACAAAGAAGCGAUCCCAAACGUGCUCCAAGCUGUCGCAAAGGAUCUUUAGCCCGAUGGACGAGGAACCGUGUCACAAAUCUGUUUGUUCUGGCGAUGGCAAGCAAGUUCAUGUCAUCUCCCCUGAUGAGGCAAGCAUCGUGCAAGAGCGGAAACGACGACGCAUUAACAAUCAUACAGGUCUUACUCAGGAUUUAAAUGACUUUGAGUUCAGGGAUCGAAGUGGCUCCUUUACGUACGAGUUCGAUUUCAAGAAUGGAAAUCGACAAGUCAGCACGCCCAACACCGAACAAACAUUGCCUUCACUUCACCAAGAGGGUCAACCAUCAUGUAUUCUAGCUUCAGCUAGUGAUGAUAACAUUUUUCUAAAUGCCGAUAAUCACGCUGCCUUAGAUAGCCAGCCUUUAUCUAAAGCGUUAAAUUUCGAAUUAUUUCACGGCGAGGAUUGUCAAAAUGGGGCUGCUUCGAAAGAGAGUUGCCCUCCCGAGGGCGUGGUACCCUGUUCUAUAUCUUCGCGACUUGGCAACACGUCUGGCUACGAGAGCGACGAAGCGAACGGUGGUAAUGAGUUCCACUUUACAAGCAAAAUUCAAAAGCAAACUCUUUUCAAGGUGCCUCAGGAUAUUGAACGAGGCGGGCCCAAAAACCGGAGGUCCAGUUUUUUAGGUAAAGAAAACUUUCCUCCUAUACAAGAGGAUACAGUUUGUCCAACUCAAAGAGUGGCAUUUGCCGACCACGUGGACACAUUCCCGGUCUCUGAGGGAAAGGAAGUGAUGGAGGAUGACAAAAUGGACUUGCACGAGGGAGGGGAGGGUCGCGUAUGUGCGGCACGUGGCAGGACAAACACCCUCUCUACCCCGGGAGUGUUGCCGUCCCCAAUGGAAGUCUGUCCGAAAAGCGUCUGGUUUACGCCCACACGGCCAAUGGACAUCUCACAACAGCACUGUGCAUCGGCGCCUGGGAUAAGAACACCAUUCAGAACACCAAAGAGCUGUCGUCGCGGUCGUCCAGUAAACCAGGAAGCCAGGAAGAGGAUCUUGGGUACCCCGGACUACCUGGCGCCUGAGAUCUUGCUUGGUCACGAGCACACGGAGGCCGUGGACUGGUGGGCGGUAGGGGUGUGUCUGUAUGAAUUCCUGACAGGGCUUCCACCCUUCAACGACGAGACACCAGAGCUUGUAUUCAACCACAUCAUGGAAAGGGAGUUGCUGUGGCCAGACGGCGAUGAGGCUCUUUCUCUAGAAUCCAUCGCCUGUGUCGACAGAAUACUUACCUUGCAAGUCAACGAGCGACCAGGGGCUAAAGAAAUCAAGGCGCACCCGUUCUUCCUGUCAAUCGACUGGGCCACCUUCGACUCUCUUCCAGCCCCAUUUAUACCGAAUCCUGACGACGCAACGGAUACCACCUACUUUGAAGCUCGCAACAACAUCCAAAAUCUCAAGUUGUCUUCAUUUUAUCACGCAGUCCAGUGAAAAGAUGUGAAACAACACAGCUAAUUCCCAUUAAGUUCAUUAGAUUUCGAAACUUGUAAUUUAUCAACUACCAAGAAAUAAAAGCUUAUGUGCAUUUCCGAGAAU